AAACUCAGCAUCCUUGAGGAGGUCAAGAAGCAUAUCAUUAAGGAAGAGGAUUUAUUACUAAUGGUUUGAAAAUCAUCAUGUUCUGAUGAUUCCAGCUUUCAACCAGGUCUCUGGCAUUCCUUUGGUUCAAGAUUUAACCAGUCCUUAUCUCUAUGUUCUUUUGUGGUUUGUUAGUGAAGAUGAUGAUGAGACAUCACAUCUCCAAGUGUGUGAAGAUGGAGUCCAUGGGAUCCUCAAGCCGGAAUCAAGUUGAAAAGUUAAAAUUGUCUUGAGGGAGAUAUAUCAAAAAGCUUUUUUCAGUAUUAGAAUACAUUUGUAUCUGUAAUAUAGAUCCUGUGCUUUUUUUUUAAUAAACAUGUUGCAAAGUUUUUUUCUGAUUAUUUUAAGACUACUUGUUCCCACCAUUGCAUGUUACUCUAGAAGACAAGGCAGCUGUAGAGCUGUUUCAUGUUAGCAUAUACAGUAAAAAAAUAGUCCACCAUUAGUACACAUUACAUAUGAGUUAGAUUGGUAUUAUGAAUGUAUAGCUUUUAUUAUGUUUUAAGCUUUUUUAAUAAAAUUUCUGAAGAUUUACAGAGGAGGCCAAGCAUAUCACUAAGGAAGAAGAUCUAUACUGAUGAUUUGAAAGUUCAACAGCUCAUUUUAUAAAAGUAAGAUUCAGUUUAUUUAUAUAUUUAUGGAUCCUGAGACAUAUAGGGCAGUGGUUAUGGGUAAGGUGCAAGAUCUUGAAAAGAUUUUGCAGGAAAAUGAGAUUCCUGUUCUUGAUCAGGUCACUUUUCAAGGAAACACAAUCCUGCAUCUUGCUGCCAUCUAUGGUCAUGACCACUUAGUGCGGCGUAUUCUUGACCAUGAGCUAAACGUUCUUAGAAGUUGGAACCCUAACAUAGUUGGUAACUUUGCUCCCAGUUUCUCCCAUUAUCAAACUCUUCUUGUGAGACAGAACUCAGAAGGAAACCUUGCUCUCCAUGUAGCAGCUGCUGCAGGACACGAGCUUAUAGUUGACUAUCUCGUUGAGUCUCUGAGGCGGCUUCCUCAAGAUAGAAACAUUGUGGUUAGAUCAGAGCAGAUACUAGUUGGUAAUAUUUUCAGCGUCUCUAACAAUGAUGGGUUUACUGCAUUGCACCUCGCCUUGAAAGGGAACCAUGUAGCUGUUUCUUUGCAGCUUGUUCGGGAAGAUCAGAGCACUUGUUUUCUUUUGGACAAGGAGGGUGUAUCUCCAUUGUAUAUGGCUGCUGAAGCUGGUCAUGUUUCACUUGUAGAGCAUAUGUUACAUGGUUUGAACGCAAGCUUUGUUGGCAAGUCUGUGGUGUGUGCUGCAUUGAAAAGCAAGGAUCUCGAUGUUCUAAGAGCUAUAUUGGAGAGUGACUCAGAUCUUGUAGACUCUAGGGAUGAAUAUGGAAGAACUCCACUUGCUUUUGCAGCAUCCAUUGGAUAUGACAUAGGGGUUGAGCAUAUGCUAACCAGAUUUGGAAGUUCUACACAGAUUGCUUACAUAAAGAGUGAAGAUGGUUCUUUCCCUAUCCACUCAGCUUGCGCUGCAAGUCGCAAGACUCGCAACGCAGCUCUCAAGGUGAUAUUAAAACACCACCCGGAUACAAUAGAGAUGCUUAACUCACAAGGACAAAAUGUUCUUCAUGUGGCUGCUGAAAAUGGGAACGCAGGAGCUGUUGGCUAUCUGCUCAGAAAAGCUGACGUCAAAAGGUUAAUCAAUGAGCAAGAUUUAGAAGGAAACACACCGUUACAUUUAGCCAGCAUCAAUUCUCAUCCCAAGGUUGUGAGUCUCUUCAUACAUGAUAGCAGAGUUGAGUUGAAAGUAUUGAAUCACAAAGGGUUCACUACUUUGGAUGCAGCAGAGGAGUAUAUGGCUGCAAUUCCUUCACUCCAACAGUGGUUGAUAUGGGUGGCAUUGGUGUCUGCUGGUACCACUAGAGCCCCACGUGUUCAUCUGAAAGCAGACAGUCCUACCACAGAAGAAGACUUCACAUUAAAAAUGUACAAAGACAGAGUCAACACUCUUCUUGUGGUGGCAACACUUGUGGCUACAAUGGCUUUUGCUGCUGGCUUGAGUGUGCCGCUAGGUUACAACAGCACAGAGUUCAAGUCAAAUGUGAAGCAUUCAUACAAAGAAUCUGCGUUUAAUGCCUUCGUCAUCUGUAACAGCAUUGCCGUCUAUAGUGCUGUUAUAUCGACAGUUGCACUUAUAGGGACACAGUUGGCUGACAUGAAGUGCAUGCUGACUACUUUCAAGUUUAUUGUGCCACUUCUUGGGUUUUCUAUUAUCUCCAUGUCUUUGGCUUUUGUCGCAGGCUUAUACUUGGUUCUAGGACAGCAUCAUUGGCUUGCAGUAUUUGUCUUGGCUUCAGGCGGUUUCUAUCUCAUGGCUCUGCUUCUACUCAUAAUCCCUUACGCUUCGCCUUAUACUUUUAGUCCACUAGUUUUUCGCUAUUUUUUGCGGUUUCCUUUUUCCAUGUUGGUUUUCUUUGUGUACUGGAGAGAUGGCACUGAUGGGGAAUGUUCUUCACGAGUUUUCCGUUGGUCAUUUAUUGGUUAAAAGAUCAAGACUUUGAAAAAUGAUCAAAUGUUUCAGUGUUGUUCUCUUACUUUCUGUUUAACUGAAACAAAUGGUUAACACAAUGUUUGACCCAAGAAUUGUUCCUGAAUCCA